AUGUUUGGUCUAAAGAGAAACGCGGUAAUCGGACUCAACCUCUACUGCGGGGAACGAGUCGGUGUCGGGACGAGCCUCAUCCCGUUCCUGAAGCCGGCGUAUUCUGGCCGUGAGUCGUUGUUUCCGCCCGUCUUGGUUCUUUCGGAAAUGGCAGCGCUGCUCAAAGGCCGGAACGGGUGGGAUGUCAGCCUCACGCGGGGUCGGCCUGAGUUCCGUCGAGCCCCGCAUAGCCACUUCCCCGCCGUGGGUGGGCAGGCGAGUCGUGCGCUGGCUCAGACAAAGGAGGCCGUGAGGACCUGCAUGCUUUUCUUCCUCUCAGGCAUGCUUCGGAAACUGGACAUCAAGAACGAAGACGAUGUCAAAUCUUUGUCUCGAGUGAUGGUCCAUGUUUUCAGUGACGGCGUAACAAACUGGGGCAGGAUUGUGACUCUCAUUUCUUUUGGUGCCUUUGUGGCCAAACACUUGAAGAGCAUAAACCAAGAAAGCUGCAUCGAACCAUUAGCAGAAAGUAUCACAGACGUUCUCGUAAGGACAAAACGGGACUGGCUAGUCAAACAAAGAGGCUGGGAUGGGUUUGUGGAGUUCUUCCACGUAGAGGACCUAGAAGGCGGCAUCAGAAAUGUGCUGCUGGCUUUUGCGGGUGUUGCUGGAGUAGGAGCUGGUUUGGCAUAUCUAAUAAGAUAGCCUUGUAAGUGCAAUAGUUGACUUUUAACCAACAACAGCCACCAAAACCACGUAACGUCUGUGAACUCAUAUUUAUGAAGCUGGACUUCAAGCUGCCCAGGCUGUAACCUCCAAGAGCUCCACUCUAGCAACCUAGCCAGAAAGCAAGUGGCAAGAGGAUUGUGGCUAACAAGAAUAAAUACAUGGGAAAAGUACUCCCCUUGAUUGAAGAGUCACUAUCUGAAAGAAGCAAAGUUCAGUGUCAGCAACAAGCAAACUGGGAGGCCACAGAGGAGGACAUUUAGAUUUAUGUGGCAAUGAUAGGGUGGGAAGACUUAAUUUCUUGUUGAGAACAGAAGAGUGGCCAUUAGCCAGGCUAGUCAUAGAAUUAAUUAAAUAUGCCCACCAAUUUCAUUAAUUUCCAUAGCGUUGAAAGAUAAGCACUAACAAAGCCUGUGACCUGUAAAAUGGAUCUAAGCUAUACGUAAUAGAACUAUGACUAGAAGCCUCAGUACUGUACAACAGAGUAUGAAGGGA